CUUCAAUUUCUCUCUCCACUCUCCCCAUAAACUCCAUUUAACGCCUCUCGACUCUUCCGCACUAAGUCAGAGUUCUCUCCAAACCCACCUACACUCUCUCAACAAUAAUAAUCGGACCCAAUUCAGACAUUAGAAUUCAGAAAGAGGGAGGGAGAGUCUCAAGAUCGCACUCCAAAUAAUUGUCAUUGUUCGACGAUUUUUUAGCGGGAGGAUUAGUGAUUCCCGCUGUCUGAUUUGAUUUUAUUUUAGCAGAAGGAUUCAAGAUUUUUUUGGUUAUUUGGAAAUCUACCGAAGGACUAGUUGGUAGCUCAUGGAACCCACAUCGGAAAAGCUCUCUCCGUUUGAUUUGGUGGCAGCGAUCUUGAAGGGCGUGAAACUUGAUGGUUCCGACGGGUCGCCGGAGGUGGUUGCGCUCCUGAUGGAGAAUAGGGACCUCGUUAUGGUGCUUACUACGUCCGUCGCUGUGCUCAUAGGCUGUGUGGUUGUGUUGGCCUGGCGGCGCGGAUCGGGGAAGAAGAAGCCAGUGGAACCGCCAAAGCUGGUGUUGCCGAAGGCUGCGCUGGAACCGGAGGAAGUGGAUGAUGGAAAGAAGAAAGUUUCGGUCUUUUUCGGAACGCAGACUGGUACUGCCGAAGGCUUUGCCAAGGCAUUCUCUGAGGAAGCUAAAGCAAGAUAUCAGCAGGCCAAGUUUAAAGUAAUUGACUUGGAUGAUUAUGCUGCAGAUGAUGAAGAGUAUGAGGAGAAGUUGAAGAAGGAGACUUUAGCAUUCUUCUUCCUUGCCUCAUAUGGAGAUGGUGAGCCCACAGAUAAUGCAGCGAGGUUCUACAAAUGGUUUACUGAGGGAAAAGAGCGGGGGGACUGGCUCAAGAAUCUUCAGUAUGGUAUAUUUGGUCUUGGGAACAGGCAAUAUGAACAUUUCAACAAGAUCGCAAUAGUGGUGGAUAACAUUAUGGCUGAGCAAGGAGGAAAGCGGCUUGUUUCGGUGGGUCUUGGAGACGACGAUCAGUGCAUUGAAGAUGACUUUGCUGCAUGGCGUGAGUUAGUGUGGCCUGAGUUGGAUAAAUUGCUCCGUGACGAGGAUGAUGCAACUGUUGCCACCCCAUACACUGCUGCCGUUUUGGAAUAUCGUGUUGUCUUCCAUGACCAAGCAGAAGGAUCAAUUUUGGAGAGCAGCUUAGCCAAUGGUCAUGCCAAUGGCAAUGCUAUUUAUGAUGCUCAGCAUCCCUGCAGAGCAAAUGUUGCUGUAAGGAAGGAGCUUCACACUCCUGCCUCUGAUCGAUCUUGCAUUCACUUGGAAUUUGACAUAUCUGGCACUGGACUUGCGUAUGAAACUGGGGACCAUGUUGGUGUUUACUGUGAGAAUUUGAUUGAAACUGUGGAAGAAGCAGAAAGAUUACUGAAUCUGCCUCCGCAAACGUACUUUUCAAUUCAUACCGAUAAAGAGGAUGGCACUCCGCUCAGUGGGAGCUCCUUGUCACCUCCAUUCCCUCCUUGCAGUUUGAGAACAGCACUAACUCGAUAUGCAGAUCUCUUGAGUGCUCCCAAGAAGUCUGCUUUAAUUGCAUUAGCAGCUUAUGCUUCUGACCCCAGUGAAGCUGAUCGGCUCAGACAUCUUGCAUCCCCUGCUGGAAAGGAGGAAUAUGCACAAUAUGUUGUUGCAAGUCAGAGAAGCCUUCUUGAGGUAAUGGCAGACUUCUCAUCAGCCAAGCCUCCAAUUGGUGUUUUCUUUGCAGCAGUCGCUCCUCGUCUGCAGCCCAGAUUUUAUUCCAUCUCAUCCUCCCCAAGGAUUGCACCAUCCAGAAUCCAUGUGACUUGUGCUUUGGUUUAUGACAAAACACCAACAGGGCGGAUACACAAGGGUGUGUGCUCAACAUGGAUGAAGAACGCUGUGCCUUUGGAGGAAAGCCCGGAUUGCAGUUGGGCUCCGAUUUUUGUUCGGACCUCUAACUUCAGACUCCCAGCUGAUCCUAAAGUACCCAUUAUAAUGAUUGGUCCUGGUACUGGCUUGGCUCCAUUCAGGGGUUUCCUUCAGGAAAGGUUAGCUCUAAAGGAAUCUGGUGCUGAACUUGGUCCUGCCAUACUAUUUUUCGGUUGUAGGAACCGUCAAAUGGAUUUCAUUUAUGAAGAUGAGUUGAACAACUUUGUCAAAGCUGGAGUAAUUUCCGAGCUUAUCGUUGCAUUCUCACGAGAGGGACCCACAAAGGAAUAUGUGCAGCACAAGAUGACACAAAAGGCUUCAGACAUCUGGAACAUAAUCUCUGAGGGAGGCUACGUCUACGUCUGUGGUGAUGCCAAGGGCAUGGCACGUGAUGUCCACCGAACUCUUCACACCAUUGUGCAAGAGCAGGGAUCUCGGAGCAGCUCGGAAGCUGAGGGCAUGGUGAAGAAUCUGCAAAUGACUGGAAGGUACUUGCGUGAUGUGUGGUGAUAACUGUCUCGAUAAAUAUAUCCUGAUACGAGCCGGAAAACAAGGUUUGAUGCUUCUACACCCACCAAGAUUGUACAUGUUGAGACCAAUAAGAUGCCAGUUAUGAAAUACUAGGGGAGGCAAUGUGCUAAGGGGUAAAAGGCUUGAGUGUUGUUAUAAUAUAUCAGAUAGUUAUUUGUGAUUCUUUUUAUGAAGGGAUUUUUUGGUUCGUAUAAUUUAUACAUACAACAUGACGUCAAGGUAAUGCUAGGUAUAGUUGCUCUAAAAUCUCCUAAUGAGCCAGCAAUUUGGUUCUUCUGACUACACAUGAUGUUUCUGGGAUUGUUGUAUAAUUUCAAUUCCUUAUUAUAUUCUUCUUUCAAUUUUUAA